GAAGUGGGAGUGAUAAUGUGUCUUGCUGGUAUCCGCACGCCCCGCAUCUCGGCAAAUGGCGGCCGUGGUGCUUCCUUUGCGCGUUGCAGCUUCUAUAAGCCGCGCGGCGCGAGAGUUGCGCGUCAGUCGUGCUUACAGUUUUCAGCGACUUGCAUCGCAUCUAGUGAGGUUAUUCAUCGUGCUACGCGCAGACAUUCAACGCUAACACAUUCCAAAAAGUCAGAUUCCAUCAAGAUGCCACAAACGGUAGCGAACGGUUAUCCCAACGGGCACAUGGCCUACGACAUGGAAGAUGGCUCCAACUUCCUCUUCACGUCGGAGUCAGUCGGCGAAGGACAUCCAGAUAAAAUGUGUGAUCAAAUCAGUGAUGCAGUUUUGGACGCUCAUCUUCAGCAGGAUCCCACCGCCAAAGUCGCAUGCGAAACCGUCACGAAAACCGGCAUGAUUCUUCUCUGCGGCGAAAUCACAUCGAAAGCAAUCGUUGAUUAUCAACGCGUGGUGCGCGACACAGUCAAACAUAUCGGCUAUGACGAUUCAUCGAAAGGAUUUGAUUACAAGACCUGCAGCGUCAUGCUGGCGCUUGACCAGCAGUCGUCCAACAUUGCGGCUGGUGUGCAUGAGAAUAAGAACGAAGACGACAUCGGGGCCGGCGAUCAGGGUUUAAUGUUCGGUUAUGCAACCGAUGAGACAGAAGAAUGCAUGCCGUUGACCGUCGUCCUCGCACACAAGUUAAAUCAAAAGAUCGCGGACCUCCGAAGGACCGGUGACUUUUGGUGGGCUCGUCCUGACUCGAAAACACAGGUUACUUGCGAAUACAAGUACCAUCAUGGCGCCUGCAUUCCUCUGCGUGUACACACAGUGGUUGUGUCGAUGCAGCACAGCGAAAAGAUCAGUCUGGAGGAAUUGCGCAAAGAGGUACAAAGCAAAGUCAUCGAAGAGGUGAUUCCAGCCAAGUAUCUGGAUGAAAAGACCGUCAUUCACAUUAAUCCAUGCGGAUUGUUUAUUAUUGGUGGACCACAGAGUGAUGCAGGUGUAACUGGUCGUAAAAUCAUUGUAGAUACCUACGGUGGUUGGGGUGCGCACGGCGGCGGUGCCUUUUCGGGCAAAGACUUCACAAAAGUCGACAGAUCAGCUGCGUACGCCGCGCGCUGGGUGGCAAAGUCCCUUGUUAAAGCAGAUCUUUGCCGCAGGUGCCUCGUGCAGGUAGCUUAUGCUAUCGGCGUUGCUGAGCCACUUUCCAUCACUGUUUUCGACUAUGGUACCUCUAAACUCACACAGACCGAACUGCUCAACAUUGUUAAGAAGAACUUUGACCUGCGUCCCGGUAAAAUCGUCAAGGAGUUGAAACUUAGGCAACCAAUCUAUCAAAAGACAAGCGCGUACGGCCAUUUUGGACGCGAAGGAUUCACAUGGGAGACGCCAAAGGAGCUGCUUCUGAAUUGACAGCACGUCGACUAAGCUUAAUUCUCGUUUAUUUUAUUCUUUCCGAUCUUUCUAAACGUAGCGUCUUAGAGAAACCCAAAAAUCUCCGCCGUGUCCUACGGAUAUCAGACGAUGGUCUGUCUGUGAAGGACGUAGAUUUAUUAUGUAUGUAGGGUAAACCAUUGCAUCUCGUAGUUCCUUUUUAUCACGCGACUCUUCGUGCAGCCCGCGCGCGCUGCGGACCCACAGCCGGCUCUUCACAAAAAACCGAAUUAUAUUCUCGACUCUGCGCGCAUUUAUUGUGCGCGCGGCGUUCGUAAACUUUUGAUAAAAUGCAUUACUUUUCGAUUUCCAUUCAAAGAGCAAGCUGCAACACGCGUAGCGACGUCUUGUGUUGUGUUUACGUAAAAUCCAUUUAGUGGGAAAAGAGCAUUUCCGAAAACACACCUGGGCCACCGCAUGCGCGCGCCCCCUUCAUAACACUUGUAAAAAAUCCAAACAAAAAUGAGGCUGUGUUCAUAUUUUCAUCGUGUUUAAUUUGUUUUUUUUUUUCUUUGGCGAUUUGAGAGAAGCGCAAUGUGUCGAUAACUAGUGCGUCUAUCAAUACAUAGAGAACCCAAGUAAGAAAUUUGCAACAAUUGUACAGUACUAGUACAGACUUCCCAUAUAUAUACUUAGAGAAAGAUAUAUGUGUGCAUGGACUCUGGGCAUUUUUGAUUUUCGGUGAAUAAUUUUUUAUUAUGCUGCCAUAAACAGUUGAUCGAGACCAAAUAUUUAGAUAGACGAUUGAAAAUUAUUAUUCUAUUGCAUACAAUUUUGCGAUUUAUUACUAAAAAUCAUGUUUUGUUGUCUACAUUGUUUCCAAUUGACGUUAUAUUACCUAUAAAUAUUUUUUAAAUUAUAUUUAUAUAACGAUGGUAGAUGAUGACGAAUUCUUGAUGAAUUUUAUACGUUCGAAAACGAUGGUGCGAUGCCCAUAUUGUAUAAGCAAGUUAGACGCGCAUUCAAGUACAAUGCAAAGAUUAAAAUAAUUAUCUAGACAUGUAUGUAGGUGUCUUAAUUAUAAACUAAUUGUUUAAUCAUGUUUAAAUUUCGAAUUGGAGUAUCUAUUAUUGUAUAUGAGAUGAAACAUGAACUAUUAAAAAUCACCAAAAUAUA